GGCGGCUGCUGGCUGCGUCCCUCGCGGAAGGGGCAACCCCACGGAGUCGCAGAGCGCCGGCCGCGCACCGCACCCAGCUGGAAAAAACAAUUAGUUGGUAUACCAAAGGAGUGUGUGCAACAUUCUGGAAAAGCCUAAGUGAAAACAUAUAAGAAGAUUGAACUCCAGAAAAGACAAGAAAAAGUCCAGCAAAUUCCAGCCUUUUAAGAAGUUUUUUGGUCGGAGGAAAAAACGGGAGGUGACGCCGGAUCGCGAGGAUGCCAAGUUGAAACCCAGCCAUUCCUUUGGAAAUAUCUGCAAUGGCAUGCUCUCUUCUGAUGAAGAGACAAAUGAUGGCUUGAGGUCUUCCAGUUAUAGUAUGGGAACACGGGCUUUUUCCCAUGACAGUAUUUUCAUACCUGAUGGACGAGCAGAGAGUGAAGAGUCUGUUCAAGCAAUGUCACAGGACAACAUCCUAGGCAAAGUCAAAACUCUUCAGCAACAGUUGGCCAAGAAUAUUAAGUUUGGCCAACCCCCACAAGUAGCAGUUUCAGCGAAGACUAUUGGGGAGUCAAACUCUAGUUUAGAAGUUGAUGUUUUACCAAGCAGCCCCAUGGAGACCGAGACGCAGCAGGAUUUGGCUGUCCCAGGGAGCUAUAAUAAAUCAGGUGGCACACCAGAUUCAUUAAGCCCAGCAAGUUUGCAUGGAAGAAGGCAUGAAGUGGAAGAGAAGGUUACUCCAGUCAAAUCGUCUCGGCCAAAAAGACACCACUCUCCUUCUGGCACAAUUGAAACAGUCAAUCUCGAUGCAAUCCCUCCGGUUAUUGCCUGCCUGGACAACAGCGCAGCAAAGCACAAGCUUUCUGUUAAGCCAAAAAAUCAGAGGGUGUCAAAAAAGCACAGGUUACCAAAGGAGCCACAAAGCACAACUGAGUUUGAACAAGAAAUGCCCGAACUUCAAAGGUAUGAAGAUAAAGUCUCAAAACACAAUGGCCAUCAUGUUGCAGACAAACCAAUCCAGGAUACAGAAGGCCAAGAGCAGGAAGAAGAGAAGAGAAAGCAAGAAGAUUAUUGGCAAAAUCUUGAGUCUGAGCAGAAAGUAGAAAUGGCAGAAGCAGAAGUUAAAAACCACCUGGAACACAAAAGACUUCAAGAGAGCCAAAGGGAAGAGGAAGGGAAAAAACAGAAGCUCCAAGAGGAAGAGCAGUUUUUGAAAAUUGAAGAGAGAAAGGGCCCAGAAGAAAAGAAAAGAUAUAAAGAACAAGAUCACAGGCACAGAGGACUUGAAGAACAGACGGUGGAUGAAGGACUUUGGGAAUGGCAAGAAGAAAUGCAACAGGAAGAACAAAGGCAUCAGGAACUAGGGGAACAAAAGCCAUUGGAAGGAGAAAGUCAUUGUGAACUAGUGGCACAAAGGCAACCUGAAGAGCCAAGUUAUCAGAAAUGGGAGGAACAAAAGCAGCGGGAAGAACAAAGACGUGACACGAUGGAUGAACAAAGGCAUCAGGAACUGGCAGGACAGAAAUGGCAGGAAAUGGAGGUACCAAAAGGAAAAGAAGAAAACAGUAAUCAAGAAUUAGAUAUGAAAAACCGAUAUGAGACGCUUUUACAGCAAGACUGGAAAGACAAGAGACAAGGUCAGGAGAAGCAGACACAGAAACGAGGCCAUCAGGAACUGAAAAGGCCAAGACAACAAGAAGGAAAAACACACGAGACUGUGAAGUGGAAUGGUCCAAACCAACAAGGACUGCAAGUGCAAAAAAGAGAAAUGGGACAGAGACAAGAAGAAGAAGAGAAAAAUGGAAACAUAGAAGGCGAUGAGAAGUUGCAAGGGAAAGGAAUGGCCGUGAAGCCGGAGGAGCAGAAGAGAGAAGUUGUACCACUGCAGCAUCUGGACCAGGAGAGAAAAAGCAAUGAUGAACCAACCCAGCAAGAACCAGGGAAGCCAAUGAAGCCAGCAGGACAUGGGAGAGGUGAACUGUCACAAUUAAAACAGCCACUGGCUGAAAAGAGGACACAACAGAAAAGCUUCACAGACAGGAAAGGGGCACAACAACUGGAAGUACAUCAACUGCUGGAAAACCCAAAAGAACAAGACAAAUCUUUCUGGUCACCACUGGACAAACUUAUUCAUACAGUAGAGAAACAUUUAGAAACUGUAGCGCUUCCUAUUAAAGAAGAACCAAGUCCACAAAAACUAAAGCAGCCAGACAGAGAGCCAAAGGAAGAUGGAACCCUAAGGCACAGUCAGAGAAGAAAUGUUGACGCUCAGGAGCAGGAAAGAAUUCUAGGUGAAGAGCUACGCUGGCAGGAGGUCGACGCAAGGCAAAAUAUGCCCAGGGGAUUCACCUUUCAAGUUUCUUCUGGAGAAAAACAAAUCAUAUUCCAAAAAGUGAAUCUCAGCCCAGUCACUCCUAUGAAAGAGGCAGCAGCUCCUUCUGCCUCAAAAGAAUGGAAGGCUCCUCAGCCUAGUCAAGGUGCCCAGGCACUUCCAUCCUCUUUGAGUGUCCCACAUACUGCGAUUUUGGUCACUGGAGCACAGCUCUGUGGCACUGCAGUCAAUCUGAACCAGAUCAAAGAUACUGCUUGUAAAUCUUUGCUUGGCUUAACAGAAGAAAGAAAAAACAUGGAUGUAGCGCCAACAGAAAAUACUCCCAAAUUGUCAACUGAUGCCAAGCUUAGCAGCAAUAAAAUGAAGGCCGCUCAAGAUCCAUUGAACAACCAAGCCACAUUAGCUGAGUGGGCUACUAUUCGAUCCAAAAUCCUAAAAAGCUCGGAAACUGGAAAAGUGAAUGAGAAAGACAGAGGAAGCUUCAGUAGACAUAGUGAUGACUGGACCCCUAAAGGGAGAGGAGCUUCUCAUGGCAAUUUACGAAAAACCUUGUCUGCAAAUGCAAAGUUUUCGAUAACUCCUGCGUGGCAGAAGUUUUCAGAAAUUGCAAAGACUAAUGUAGACGCAGAGAGUAAACUUGGCCAUGAGGCAGAGAGCGUAGCAAAACAGUUGAGUCCAUUCACGGAUGUAAACCAUGAAGCAGUUCAUACGGAAGGACUGCCGUGUAAAUUUAACAAACUUGGCAUACCGAUAGGAAAAAUCGAAGCAUGCCAUGAAGUGGCAGAUCGUACAGAAGGCUGUAAGUUUGCCAAAGAUCUUCCAUCCUUUCUUGUCCCAGGUGCCCCUUAUUCUCUAGGGAAAGAAACACCUCCGUCAGAAACUGUUGAAUCUCUGCAAAAUGUUGGUACAAGAAAAGUGGACAGAGGGUCACCGAAUGGAGAAGAGAACAUUUCUCCCUUUGGAGUAAAAUUAAGAAGGACAAACUAUUCUGUGCGGUUUAACUAUGAUCAGCAGGUAGAGCAAAAGAAAAAGAAAAGAUACAGCGCAGGAGACAGUUUUGAUGGCUUGCCUAGCCCGCUAGUUACCCCAGACAAUGAAAAAGAUGUAAAUAAUAUCUUUUUGAAAGAAAGCAAAUCCCCUAGCCAAGAGAGGAAGGAGACAGUUGUUCAUUCUGCAAAGGACAUUCCAACUAAUGUUAGCCCAACUGCCCCAGUGUGUCUGUCACCAGUUAGUCAGGUAUCUGCACCUAAUCAAGAAAAAUCUGCCUGUAAAUCCCCACUCUUACUAAAACCGGCAUUAGCUCCAAAGCCCGCCAGCCAAACCCCACCCUCAUCCCCUCUCUCAAAAAUGCGCCGCUCUCACUUAAGCGAAUCAGUGGGGCAACGGGUGACUAAAGCUGAACUUGACAUGUGCUGGAAAAGAGCAGAGGUGAAAGGGAGCUCUCUGCUUUCACAAACUCACGAUGAAAGCAAGAAUGAAGAGGAGGAGUCUAAAGAGAAGAAGUCGUUUUUUCCAUCGAUUACCAUGCCAUGGAGAGAAAAAACUGAGAAAAAGCCAGAGCCAUUGAAAAGAGAAAGGCCUGUUCUACAGAGCAGGCAUUCCAUAGAUGGCUCCAAAUUGAUGGAAAAAGUUGAAUCAGCACAACCGCUAUGGAUUACACUGGCCCUGCAAAAACAGAAGGGUUUCCGAGAGCAGCAGGCCACGAGGGAGGAGCGGAGGCAAGCCAGGGAAGCCAAGCAAGCGGAGAAACUGGCGAAAGAAAAUGCCAGUGUAAACAACCAGCUGGAUAAUAAAAGCAGCGAAAUCAGCAGCAUAAGUUCACUGCCGAAAUCUACACCCCAGGAAGAGGAGAAGAAAGUUGAAACUGCCGCGUCAAGGCUUGAACGUCGAGAACAGUUAAAAAAAUCAAACACCCUUCCGACAUCUGUGACAGUGGAAAUUUCGGAUUCUGUUCCCUCAUCACCUUUGGCAAAAGAAGUUGCAAAGAGAUUCUCUACCCCUGAUGCUAAUCCUGUGUCAACAGAACCUGCCUGGCUUGCUUUAGCCAAGAGGAAAGCAAAAGCCUGGAGUGACUGUCCACAAAUAAUUAAGUAAAUUAUGCUAUUUUCUCUUUACUGUCAUUUAUUAAUUGCUCUCAAGUUUUUAUUAGUCUUUUCCUACGACACAUUGAAUAACGUUAAGUGCAGAUCCUGGAGGAAUACGAACACUGUUUGCCAUUUUUGCUGGCUCACUACAGAUUUCCUCUACAUUAUACAAUCUAUUGCUUUGAGCAUCUAGGGAAGAGACAAGCAGGUUUCAUCUUUCUCAAAGAUAUCAGGAAGUUUUAGGUUCGAACCACUUUUAAGAAUUUCUGCUCUAAUAUUCCUGAAGUUUCACUUCUAGGCGUUUGGAUUUCUACUUGUCUUUGGACAUAUUAAUGCAACGUAGAGAUUCCAUUAAAAAAAAUGAAUGUAAGAUGCAUGUUUCCAAUUUUCAAUUGAGAAUGUAAUGCUAUUUAUUUUGAAAUUUUAAAAAAUGUCUACUCAGGUACAGGAUUUGGGAAGUUCCAUUCCUGUCUUAGUAGUAAUCAAAGUAAACAAUUGUUAGCUUUUAUUAAUGUUGUAACCAACCUAGUGAUGAUGACAAGACCUAUAAAAGCACGAAUAUGCCCAGUUCUUCUGUACAGAGGUUUGUAAUCUAGGAGUUUCUCCUAGUGCAAGUAGCAGGUUAGCUGUCCUAUAAUAAGAUCCUGUUUUGAUGUUUUCACAAAUAGUAUGAUUUUUAAGGAAGACUGAUUAUUUGCAAGUCUUGCCUCAAUCAGCAAUUUCUAACAGGAGGAGUCCAAACAUAACAAUUAAGAUGAUAAAUCUGGAAAUAUCAAAUGUGUAUUUUCCUACUGCCUUCCCGUGUGGCUCUCCACACCAAGCGGAAGCACACAUGCAAAUUGCAUUGCAAGAUUUUACUGGCAGAAGCGGAUUGCUGCAGUAAUGUGGGGUGCCUUGCUACACCUCACUCUCUCAGUGGUGAGGGGCAUCACACAGAGAGAAAAAAGCAGCAACAGAGCAUUAAAAGUACAUGUCAUGGCAAGUCCUCUAAUCUUGCAAAUGAUGUGUAAUUUAAAUGUUAGAUAUCAACCUGAUAGACUGAAUAACAGCUCCAAUACGGCAGAUCAGCAUGGAAAGGUGAAAUAUAGUCGAUUCAUGAAAACAGGCAUCUGAGUAAUUUUUUUUUAAAAUUGAGAUUGUUUAAAUUUCAUUAUGGGCCUAAAUACUCUACCUAUUUUCAGGAAAAUAAGUCUGUCUUUGGUAUUUAGUUAGUACUUUGGACCUCAACACAUGUGCCAGCAUAAUUAAUUGUGACGCCAGCAAAACGUCACUGCAGCGCUGUUGUUGAUAACAUGUUUUGAAACAUCGUCGCUGCUGUUACAUUCUCAGUACUUACAUACUGGUACAAUAAGCAAAAUAAUUUUUCAGAUUGCAGAAGCAAUUUUUUUUAUGGCAAAGGCAGUCUCAUGUUUAAAGUCUUUCUUCCCUUUAUUUUUAAACUGUGGAAGACUAUGGCUGCAGAUUUUAAAAUUGUAUCACAUACCUGAAUGAUCAUUUAAAAGGUCCACAAAGCAGUAAACUCAGAUUAGCCUCAUUGACAGGUUUAAAUAGAAUUUUGUCUUAAUUUGUUUGUGGAGUGAGCUGCACAAUUCCCCAUAUGAUAACAACAACAACAUUUGAUUUAUAUACCGCCUUUCAGGACAACUUAACACCCACUCAGAGGGGUUUAUGAAGUAUAUUAUUAUUAUCCCCACAACAAAACACCCUGAGAGAUGGGUGGGGCUGAGAGAGCUCCGAGAGAGCUGUGACUGAACCAAGGUCACCCAGCUGGCUUCAAGGGGAGGAGCGGGGAAUCGAACCCGGUUCUCCAGAUCAGAGUCCUGCCGCUCCUAACCACUACACCAAAGUGGCUCAUCAGAGAGACCAAGCUGCUCAUUCAACAAUGUUACUUUCCUUUUGUUAGAAUGAGGGAGAAUUCUGCAGCUGAUACAGGGAACUGUGUGAGACUUGAAGUUCCGCUGCAAAGUACAGGCACUGGUAAGAUGGGCAAACGCUGAUAACAAACAGCCAUCAUUCAAAAGUCAUCUGUGAUGGUGUUCAAGAGCCCACUAGGUUCACUGGUUGUGCAGCUACACCAAGGAUUAUGCAGCUAUUUUUUUGGUUUUUUGUGUUAAUUCAAGCCAUAAACAUCCCCAAAGAUUCACUGGUUUCAGAAAAGAAUAGUGCUGAUUUCAGGAAGGAAUAAUACAGCAGGGCAAAUCCUGCUUUUAGGAUUCCCUGAGACUGGUGUUGAUGAGGAGCGUGAAAAUAGCACAUUACUUACAUGUCAAGUGGGGAACUUCCCAGCCAAUGUAACGUUGGGUUUAUGCCAGGCCCUUUCAUUCAACCCAUGUGAUCAUUCCAUCUCCAACUUCAUUGUAGGGAGGUGGAAGACAAAAGCACAGUUUGUGUUUUCCUGUGUGAAGUGGCAGCAGGAAAAUAAACCUUUGUGGAUUUCAAUUAUGUGGUCAUCCACAACCCAAUAACACUCCAUUAUCCAAGAGAUAUAUGAGCCACGGACAAUGGGAAGUGUGCUUAUUAGAACUGGGACAGCAACACUCAGAAGAGGAGGGAUGCAAACAAAUUAUCAACCUGCUUUGAUUGGCGGAAAAGCCUCUUGGCGUUGGUAUCGAAAUAUUUUUUAAAUUUUGUGCACUUAAUUGUAGAUAGACUCAAACCUCUAACUUGCAAUUUCAACUCUUAAAUUUCCUAUGAUUCAGUUCUAAGAUUUUUUUUCAUUUGGAAAUGGGAAAGCAGAGUUGGGAAAAGGGAAGGGGAGUUAUUAAGAUGGAUGGGAUAAUAAAAAGAAGAAACGUAAUUUUUAGAAAAGAUUUACAAGGAAAAGUAGGUGCUAUUUGCAUGAUGAAAGGGAAAAGACCCACCAAAAUAAUUCUAGGCACAGUUAGCGCACAGCGUAUUUAGUAAAUAGUUCUAAUGCUUCAAAGGCAAAGUGUUUUUAAGCAUGAGGGUAUCUAGUGUAUUGGAAAUUGUAUUCAGAGACCCCAAUCUAGGGAACCAGGAGCACAGCUUUAGCACAGCCCCUUCUUGCAUCCCUCCCACCAGUUUAGCUAAUAGCAAUUUUACCCGUACUGAUAGAACUGAUCAUUUGUUGGGCAGAUGGUGCAUCGGGGCUGUGCUGAGAACCUACUUUGCAUUCACCCUGCCUAAGGAGUCAUGAGUGUAUCAGAAGUGUCCGUACUGGUUAAGUGGGAGGACCCCAGAUAGUACACCUGGGGAUCUGUAGAGCUCCUUUUUAUAAUUAUGGCCAGAGAAACUCGUUUCCACUCAUAGAUCAGAGCCACAGUAUGUACAAUAUUUGUUUGGAAACGUUUCUAAAAGCCCGUAUUUGCAUCAUUGUUAGUCAAUGCAGUCAACCUGAAAUUUUGCACUAAAUACCAAUGAAGUGUUAAUUUGCUUUAGCUUUGUUGUAGCCUUUCCUAAUGAACAAACUGCUGAAACGCUUUAUUGAAACGCUUUAAAAACUGAUCCAACCACUAUGUAGAAUAUGGCCUCAAUUUGGGGAGGGGGGAAUGACGACCUAUACACAAAGUUCUUCAUCUGGAGAAAAUUAAUCCCACUCAAAUCCCGUUGUGGAGUUUAAGAGUAGUAACACAACUAUGUUAGCCUACUGAUUUCAACAGGAAUUAGGAAUCACUAACUUUUUCUGGAUUGUGGCCUAAAUAUUAUUGCUGAGGUUAUGGAUGAUUAACCUCUAUUGUUUAUAUAGUGGUGUAAAAAUUAUAAACAAAUAUAUAAUUGUGGGGUUUUGUUUUGUGUACUUUUUUAAUUUUUCAAAUGUUUUAAAGUGCUUUAAAGUGCUAAAGGUAGAUGUUACCUUUAAAAGUUUCUUAUACUAAUGUCAUUUAAAUUCCUAUUUAAAUUAUAAUCUGCUGAAAGUUAUCAGAUGUAUGUAUUCAUUGUCUUUUUGUUAAAAGUAUCAGGUUUACCUUAUAAGGAAGGCCUGAAUUGCUACAGGAAUCUAAUUAUGUGUUUUUACCAACAAUAAAACCUGAGUAAAAUUACCUAUGUCUAAGGGAUAUGUUAGUGCAAUUUCUAUUUUCAGUUUUUGAUUGUCAGAUUUCAAUGUAAAUGGGCCAUCACUGAAAAUUUGUUCUAUUUCAAUAAAAAAAAUC